AUGGAGCUCAACCAGGCUAUGUCGCCAGGCUCGACUAUUGCGAACUCUGAGAUGGACGACCAGAUGACGACACGCCCUUCUUCGCCUACCCGCAUCGAUCCGCGAACUUCUUUGAAGCACGUCCUGGACAACAACCCAGACUCUCGCACCAACACCCCGCCAGUCCAGGUAGCCAGAGCAACACCAGACAUGACUGAGGACGACGAUGUCAGAACUCCUGGAGGGGCUGCUGAAGCUCCAUCCAAGCCGGCUGCAUCGCGCAAGCGUAAAGACCCCCCAGGAGGCGCGCAGAUCUCGCUGCACGCCGCCAACAAGAUCAAACACCUGAAGAAGGAUGAUGGAGUCCCCCUGUGGCGCAAGGAUAUUCAAUAUGAUUUUCUAAAGGCUGUAUUUGAUGAUCCUCAGGAGGUGUUCACGAAUAGCUACGACCCUAGCAAACCCAAGCAGAACUUUGCAGACCUGUACAUCGAUACCAUGGCCCGAAGCAGCAAGACAAGCAAGAUCCUGAGGGACAAGCUGCUAACAGAGCACGAACCUGCUAAAAAUAUGGCCAUGGUCUGCUUGCUCGUGAACCUUGGCCGGAUGAAUACCACCUUGAAUUUCUUCCCAGAAAUGAGAGCACAACUUCGGACGUACCAUGCGAUUCCUUCCCUACAAGCACACCAAGAUCCGAAUUCGUACAAGCAGUUGCAGGACGCACCACGACUGAAAUCAAUACUCAAGGGAGCUUCGGAGGAUCGGCAAGAGCCAAACUCGCUGGAGAAGAUCAAGGCUCGAGACGUUCCUCGCACAAACCCUGUCAACCUGAUCUUCAUCCUCGCCCAGUUCGCCCCAAAGGUUACCGAGCUACACUUUCCACCUGGGAAUGAGUUCUAUGAUAUGCUAAUUGCGGAAGAUCUUUCAAGCCAGUCUCGCGCGAGAGCCUUCCUGUGGCUGAUGUGGUUCUAUUUGGAAUCCGACUUUACUGAAGAAGGUGCAGAAGAGAAUCCCUUCGGAGCUGGCGUCGACUACGAGGUCGAUGUCAGAAACCAGGGUGUACCAAGAUUUACCGUCUUGACUGCUGAGGAACAAGAGGCGGAGAAUUUCGACACGCAAGAAGAGCUCGACUACGGUUAUGCCAAGAUGAGGGAGAGAAAGCGAAUCAUCGAAGCUGACCAAGCUGCCUUCCAAGCAGAGCAUGGUCCUCCAAAGCGUGGCCCAAAACCAAAGCUCCACCUACCCCCCGAGGACGGUGGUCUCAGCCCAGCAGUUCACCUUGGCCGCAUCAGACCUAAGUAUGAGGAAGGUAGUCCUGCCCUGCGAGGCUUGAUCCGGCCCAAGUACGAGUCUGAUAUGGACAGUACACGCUCUACACCACCACCCCGUGCACUCGGUGGAAUGCGCAUCCAGAGCGUGCUCAACACUGGAAAAGGCCGUGUAUCAUUGAAACACCAGAUCAUGGAAGGCUCUUCACCAGUCGCGCAUGCUGGAGAACAAAUGCCGAUGAGACGCUCGCGUCCUCUUACUGCACAUCAACUGGCCGUUGAACGCAACCGAAAUCAACGUGUUGAUUACAUUCUCAGCCGAGGAUUGCGGAAGAAACAUCAUUUCUCUAAAAAACAACGAAAGCAAGACGGGGUCUUCUGCCGCGCUCUACCACGAUUGAAACAGAUCACCGAUCCUUUCGAAGACAGCGAAGACGAAGAAAGUAUCGUGAAGGAUCCAGGUCCCUUUAAAGAGCGAGGCCUGGGCGGCCUUGUGCCAUUGGAUUAUGAAGAAGAUGAUUUUGGAGAAGAACUUUCUGCAUACGCUGCUGCUUUCAGGCGUACCACGCGAAGACUAGAUCGAUGGGAGGGCCAGAAAGGCCUGGGUGUUAUGGGAACUGGUCGUAUUGCUCCAAAGGACGAUGCCAACGGUCAUGAGAUCGGCCGAGAUAACGACGAGACAGAAGAUGAGCAUCCCGCUAGUCAACAACAAUUACCAAGAUCCAAUGGUCAUGCUCGUAUCGAUGAGGAAGAGGAUCUUGAUGAUAUGGAAAAGGAGAUCUUAGGCAUGGGUAGUGAGGCGGAUGACGGAGAUGAAGAUCUCGAUGAUGUCGACAAAGCAUUGUUGAAUCUUGGGGGUGGUGAUGAAACUGAAGACGAACCUAGUGAUGGUAUGGAUGUCGAUUAG